AUGCAAGAUCAAUCACCAUACGCGAUUCUUUCGGGAGCCAUCGACAUUCCCCACAUCACGUCUACAAAACAAGAGUUGACACUCAAUUACUACGGUCCCGUUGACGGCUCCAUUCUUACUGAGGUGUCAAAAUUCCUCGCUCGCUAUACCGAUGCAGUAGAGCAGGAGUUGGAAUCCAAAAUCAAGACGUUCCUCAAGACCACGCAGAUGGACUGUUCGGGCGACACUCAAGAGAAAAAGGCAUGCUGGCUCACCAUCCGAAUCACAAAGCCUUGUACCGCAUUCAAAAUCCCGAGAUGGCAUCAAGAUGGCCCCAUGUUUGAAUACGACCAAGGACGCGAAGACAUCGUGCGUAGCAAGUAUGCGCUGACGUUACUCGGGCCAACUACGCUCAUGCUACAGCCCCACGAGCAUGUCUUUGAGACACAGCAUGAAGCAGAGGCGCGGUAUUACUUGUGGCGAAAUAAAGUUGAUGGCCCUGAUCCCUCCGAUGACGAGAUGUACGACGCAGACGAUCUACUACGGGAAUCGCUUGGCAAUGCAUUCAAGGACACUCCCAGAGUCCAAGUUGGACACGGCCAAAUCGUGCGGUUCAGUUGGGGAAGAGAUGACAGUCCUGUGCAUUCCGAGCCAGAUCUUGUUUCCGAUAGGAUCUUCGUGACUGUACUGUAUGGAAGUGAGUCUGAACUACGAACCAUGAGUCAGUGGAGAGAGGCAUCGUAUGGAGAAUAUUCUGUCGAGUAG